AUCCGCCUCAGUGGUCGAAACCAUCACUUAUGGCUUUUAUGUUUUUCUUUCUGAGUUCUCAGUCAUGGCUUUAAACAAAAGCAAAAAAGGUGAAAAGCCGUCUUCAAUUUCAAAUUCAGGAAGCUCGAGUCUCAAACGCGUAAGCCGAUUAAACCCUUUGACUUAAAGCCCAAGUAACCCGUUCCAUGUGUUUCCAAAAUAGUAGGAGAAGCCGUGGAGACGAAGACCAGCUCAAACAACUCUACUUUAAUGCAUCAAACUUCGGAUCCUCCGUUUCUAAAUCCUAAAUAGAGAAACUUUCUUUCCCAUUUAAAAAAAAAAAAACUCUCUCUCUCUUUCUGUUCCGUUUUGAUUUUUUUAUUUCCAGGAAAUUAUCUCUGAAACCUCCGCCGUUGUUGGUUUAAGUUUCGAAUGCGACUCUUUUUAUUUUUAUUCGGUUUAAGAGGUUUUUUCUUCGUAGUUUUCAGGAUAUAUUUUGCUCUUAUAUAUUUGAAUGAAGGUGAGGAAACCGUUUUAGGAACGAAAGAGAUUUGAAAAGUUUUGGAAAAAAAGGGAUGGAGAGUUAUUUGAGUGAGAACUUUGACCUGAAGUCGAAGCACUCGCCGGAGGAAGCUUUGGAAAAAUGGAGAAAUGUUUGUGGUUUCGUUAAGAAUCCGAAACGGCGGUUUCGAUUCACUGCCAACCUCUCCAAACGUUACGAGGCUGCUGCUAUGCGCCGUACCAAUCAGGAAAAGUUGAGAAUUGCUGUAUUGGUUUCCAAAGCUGCUUUUCAAUUUAUCUCAGGUGAGAUUUUUGCCGCAAAUUCAAGUAAAAUUUGUUACAUUUUAUUUCGAAAAUUGCCUUUCACCUUACCUGAAUCUUCUUUUGCAGGUGUACAACCUAGUGAUUAUGUUGUUCCUGAAGAAGUCAAGGCUGCUGGUUUUCAACUUUGUGCUGAUGAAUUAGGAUCCAUUGUGGAAGGCCAUGAUGUAAAGAAACUGAAGUUUCAUGGUGGAGUGGGUGGUAUUGCUGAAAAACUCUCCACAUCAACCACCAGUGGACUAACUUCUGAUGCUGCUUUGUUGAAUAAAAGACAAGAGAUUUAUGGAAUCAAUAAGUUUGCUGAGGCUGAAGCCAAGGGAUUCUGGGUAUUUGUUUGGGAAGCUCUUCAGGACAUGACUCUUAUGAUCCUCGGGGUGUGUGCUUUUGUGUCGUUGAUUGUUGGGAUAGCGAUGGAAGGGUGGCCAAAGGGAGCACAUGAUGGACUUGGGAUUGUUGCAAGUAUCUUGUUGGUUGUGUUUGUCACGGCAACAAGUGAUUAUCGCCAAUCUUUACAGUUCAAGGAUUUGGACAAGGAGAAAAAGAAAAUCACCAUUCAGGUAACAAGAAAUGAAUGUAGGCAGAAAAUGUCUAUAUAUGAUUUACUUCCAGGUGAUAUUGUACACCUUAAUAUUGGCGACCAAGUCCCUGCUGAUGGGCUUUUUGUCUCGGGAUUUUCUGUGCUAAUUGAUGAAUCAAGUUUAACAGGGGAGAGCGAGCCGGUAGUGGUGAAUACUGAAAACCCUUUUAUGCUUUCGGGUACUAAGCUUCAAGAUGGAUCAUGCAAGAUGAUGGUUACUACUGUUGGGAUGAGAACACAAUGGGGUAAAUUGAUGGCAACCCUCAGUGAAGGGGGAGAUGAUGAGACCCCACUGCAGGUGAAAUUGAAUGGAGUGGCAACCAUUAUUGGGAAGGUAGGCUUGUUUUUUGCUGUAGUGACUUUUGCUGUGUUGGUGCAAGGACUGUUUACCAGUAAAUUGCAAGAAGGGACAGUUUGGAGUUGGUCUGGCGAUGAGGCAUUGAAAAUGCUGGAGUUCUUUGCUGUUGCAGUUACAAUUGUUGUUGUCGCAGUUCCAGAGGGUCUACCAUUGGCUGUGACUCUGAGCCUUGCUUUUGCCAUGAAGAAGAUGAUGAAUGACAAAGCACUAGUUCGACACCUUGCAGCUUGUGAGACUAUGGGGUCAGCAACAAGUAUUUGUAGCGAUAAAACUGGGACACUAACCACUAAUCACAUGACGGUUGUGAAAUCAUGCAUUUGCACGAGUGUCAAGGAAGUAGGUAACCAUAAUAAAGCUUCUUUCUGCUCUGAAAUUCCAGAGUCUGCUGUGAAGCUUCUACUACAAUCAAUUUUUACUAACACUGGGGGUGAAAUUGUUACUAACAAAGAUGGAAAACGUGAGAUAUUGGGAACACCCACAGAGACUGCUAUAUUAGAGUUUGGCUUGUCUCUGGGUGGAGAUUUCCAAGCAGAACGACAGGCAUCAAAACUUGUUAAGGUUGAGCCAUUCAACUCUACAAAGAAACGAAUGGGAGUGGUGCUAGAGCUUCCUGAAGGAGGGCUACGAGCACACACUAAAGGUGCUUCAGAGAUAGUUUUGGCUGGAUGCGAUAAGGUGAUCAAUUCAAAUGGGGAGGUUGUUCCCCUGGAUGAAGAAUCCAUUAACCAUCUUAAUGCCACAAUUAAUCAGUUUGCUAAUGAGGCUCUUCGAACCCUUUGUCUUGCCUAUGUGGAAUUGGAAAAUGGUUUCUCCCCUGAUAAUGCUAUUCCAGUUUCUGGGUAUACGUGUAUAGGAAUUGUGGGUAUUAAAGAUCCUGUUCGCCCUGGUGUCAAACAAUCUGUUGCUAUUUGUCGUUCUGCUGGGAUUACUGUACGAAUGGUUACAGGAGACAACAUAAACACUGCAAAGGCUAUAGCCAGGGAAUGUGGAAUUCUUACCGAUGAUGGUAUAGCCAUUGAAGGUCCAGAUUUCAGAGAGAAGAGCGAGGAGGAAUUGCUUUCUUUAAUUCCUAAGAUUCAGGUGAUGGCUCGAUCUUCUCCUAUGGACAAGCAUACACUGGUAAAGCACUUGCGAACUACAUUUGAUGAAGUUGUUGCUGUGACUGGUGAUGGAACAAAUGAUGCCCCAGCCUUGCACGAAGCAGAUAUUGGACUAGCAAUGGGCAUUGCUGGAACUGAGGUGGCCAAGGAGAGUGCUGAUGUCAUAAUUCUAGAUGACAAUUUCUCAACAAUUGUGACAGUGGCCAAAUGGGGCCGCUCAGUAUACAUAAAUAUCCAAAAAUUUGUACAGUUUCAACUGACAGUCAACAUUGUUGCACUGAUUGUUAACUUCUCAUCAGCAUGUUUGACCGGGAGCGCCCCUCUCACAGCUGUUCAGCUAUUGUGGGUCAAUAUGAUUAUGGAUACUUUGGGGGCACUUGCACUUGCAACUGAGCCUCCAACUGAUGAACUAAUGAAGCGUUCACCAGUUGGAAAGAAAGGAAAUUUUAUCAGUAAUAUCAUGUGGAGGAAUAUCUUGGGGCAAUCUUUGUAUCAGUUGAUGGUAAUAUGGUAUCUUCAGGCAAGAGGAAAAGCAAUGUUUAAUCUCGACAGCCCUGAUUCUGACCUGAUAUUGAACACGCUUAUUUUCAAUUCAUUUGUCUUCUGUCAGGUUUUCAAUGAGAUCAGCUCCCGUAACAUGGAGGAAAUCAACGUUUUCAAGGGCAUAUUAGGUAAUUCUGUUUUCGUGGCUGUUCUUUGUUGCACUGCUGUCUUCCAAGUCAUCAUCAUCGAAUUUUUGGGUACAUUUGCAAGUACAACGCCUCUCACUAGCUCACAGUGGUUCCUAAGCGUGUUCAUAGGAUUCUUAGGCAUGCCAAUUGCUGCUGUCAUAAAGAUGAUCCCAGUAUGAACCGCAAUAAUCGUAGAUGCUGUUGGCGAAUGACUCCAAGAAAGCCUUAAUGUCCCUCCUUGCAAUAUUAGACUAGAAUAGCUUUUCUUUGCUUUAUUGAAAAUGACUGAUUUUUCUUGCAAUCAAAAAGGUAAAUAGAGUUUCCGACCAGGGAUCUGCUUGAUCAGCAUUUAGGUGUGAUCAAUUUUUUUUUUUUGAAAGACUUUCUGGAUUGAAUUUUUGUUUAUAAGCCGAGUACUAGGUUGCUAUAUAUGUUUUGUAAUUCUUGUUCUUAAUUUCAUUUUCUAAUUGACAUACAAGUCAUGUAAGUAUUUCUUCCAUAUUUUCUAGUAAUUGAAUAUAUACCUUAUUUGCC